AUGAUGCUGUGCCAGAACAGACAGGAAGAUGUCUCAUUCCUCUUGGGUGCAUCGCCCGGCCUCCCAUCACAAUGCUUUUUCGACACCAUCCUGGUGCCGUUACCGACCUGGGUCUUCAUCCUCGCCCUCCCAGCCGUCGGCCUUAUCCGCACCAGGGUGCCGUCCACACAGGUCCUCCACGCCAAUGUCCGCCGCGCCUGGAUCCGCAGCGGAACGCUAGGACUCUACUACUUUUGCGUGUUCGCUAUCGUCCUAAUGGAGUCUAUCGAGGUUGGGCGCCUGGCUAAGGCCGACAUGGGCGUCGGACUGCUGCCCUUCGUCUACGUCGCUUGUGUGCUGGCCGUGGUCACGUGCUGGACGGAUGCCAGGGUAGCGGGCGCGCUGGGCUGGGAGCGAGGGUGGUGGCACGAGGCGGUUGCGCUAUUCUGUGUCAUGAGUGGGAUCAUUUCCACCGUCAAGACCAUCGCCGUCGAGGCGCUGGACGGGGCCGGGCGCUUGAAUACAGCGUAUCCCGUGAGCGACCAGUAUACGGACCUUGUCGUCCUAUCGGUGCUGUAUUUCGUGCUCUUGCUGGUUGUCGUGGUCAUGAAAUACCUGGUCAGACCGCAAGCGCCAGCCAACCACCGGCCUGAGUCUAACAACAUCGAUAUCGAGGAGGUGGAGCUCACAAUGAAGGUUUGA